AAUAACGUGAUUACGUCCUUCCUUCUCCCUUUCCUCUACUACCGGCGAGAAUGAAGACCAUUCUCAGCAACCAGACUGUCGACAUCCCCGACAACGUCGAGGUGAGGCUGAAGGGCCGGACGGUGAUUGUCAAGGGCCCCCGUGGGACCCUCCGCAGGGAGUUCAACCACAUCAACUUGGAGCUCAGUCUGCUGGGCAAGAAGCAGAAGAAGCUACGUGUGGAUAAGUGGUGGGGCAACAGGAAGGAGCUGGCCACCGUCAGAACCAUCUGCAGCCACGUACAGAACAUGAUCAAGGGUGUCACCAUGGGUUUCCGUUACAAGAUGCGCUCUGUGUACGCCCACUUCCCCAUCAAUGUUGUGAUGCAGGAGGGCGGAGCCCUGGUGGAGAUCAGGAACUUCCUGGGAGAGAAGUACAUCCGCAGGGUCCGCAUGAGGGCAGGCGUGGCCUGCACAGUCUCAGCUGCCCAGAAGGACGAGCUGGUGCUGGAAGGAAACGACAUCGAGCUGGUGUCUAACUCGGCCGCUCUCAUCCAGCAGGCCACCACAGUCAAAAAUAAGGAUAUCAGAAAGUUCUUGGAUGGUAUUUAUGUGUCUGAGAAGGGAACGGUAGUGCCAUUGGACCAGUAACCUCCUGUAGAGCCGCCCUCAUCCAGCAGGCCACCACCGUCAAGAAGAAGGACAUCAGGAAGUUUCUAGACGGGAUCUACGUCAGCGAAAAGACCACCGUGGUGGAGCAGGCAAACAACUGAACUGCCAGGAUCAACUUCACCAAUAAAAUGUACUAUUUUUCAGUGACACCCAA